AUGGGAAGAAAUCUUGAAUAUCCAAAGCGAAAACACAACACAGUCAACCGACUAGGAAAGAACCGAGGGGUUUACGAUCUCGAAAUCAUCCACUCCAUCAUCGACACGGCACUGGUCCUGAACGUAUCAUUCAGUCCCAGUCCCGAAGAUGAAUUUCCUUCAAUCUUGCCGAUGAUAGGAAUAAUGGCGUCUUUCGAGAACCCGAGCGCCGGACGGGACGAAGCCCUUGACUGCUACCUGCACGGCUACGUCUCAUCGCGAAUCAUGAACCUUACGCGCCAAGCUCAGGAAGCCGGCAAAGCCGGCCUCCCAGUAUGCAUAGCUGCCAGUAAAGUCGACGGACUCGUGCUGGCUAUAUCGUCCUUCUCUCACUCCUACAACUACCGCUCCGCAGUCCUGUUCGGCCACGCGGAGCUAGUGACUGACCCGGACGAAAAGCUCUAUGCCAUGGAGCACAUCACCAACAAGGUGGUCGCGGGCAGGUGGAAGAACACUCGGCUCCCAAUCAACAAGGCCGAGUUGUCCAGCACUCAGAUGCUGCGUGUCAAGAUCCACAGCGGCAGUGGCAAGAUCCGUGAUGGCCCGCCAGCCGACGACAAGGCUGACCUGGCCGAUCAGGCUGCUGUGAGCAGCGUAUGGACUGGUUAUCUUCCAGUCACUGAGACGAUUGGGGAGCCGGUGCCGAGCUCCUACAACAAAAUUCCAUUGCCUCAGCAUCUGAUAGACCAUAGAAAGGAUUUCAACAACCGUGUAAUUGAGUAUUCGGAUGCCUGCGUCAAGAGAGUCAGAGACAUGGAGGUCACAUAUGGAGAUGUAUGA